GUGCUUUCACACUGCUGUGAGGUGGUUACCACGAGAUGCUAAUUCUACUUCUCUUGUUUUAUUUCCAGCUGCCAUAUCAGCCACUUCAUUAAAAGCAAAUCUAACCUGUGUGCUGAUGCAAGGCACCAGUUCAUGGCAAUACGUGAAGAAGCAGCACAUUGUUUGCAUGAUGCUCUGGAGAGCCUUGAGAUGAGCCAGGAAGAGCGAUGCUGUAAAAAAUACCUGGCUUUGAAACGACUGAAGUACUUUAAAAAGGACAUGGAAAGAAUAAGACAGCUGGACGUGAGAGCUGAAAAGGAACGUGAUGAAAAUGGGCUUAAAUGGUUUCCUGCAUUGCUGGCCAGGCUGCCAGAGCCUGUGAAGAAUGACCAUUAUGUCAAGAAAAUCUUAAGGAAACUGGAAAAAUUCGGCCUGGCUCCUGAUUUACACAUUGAUCAGGACACCUUCCUGAAGGCUGUGACUGAUCUCCAGCUGUGGGAGCUGUGCUCUCCUGACAUCGCUGCUGCUGUGGAGUUUGUACGUGAAAGUAUUGUACAGAUGCCCGAAGAGGAUUUCAUUGAGUGGCUCCAGGCAAGAGUAGACCCUCUCCAUGCACAAUCCUCUGCCUUUUAAUCAGGUGAACAGCCGAGAUGGUUUUCCAUCCAGUUACAAUUGUCAUGCUUCAAGCAGAAAACUCCCUCCCAUUGAGAUUUGCAUCAUGGAAGACUGGGGAAGGAGAAAAACCUUCAGGAAGUCCCAUUGACCACCCUUGCACAUCUGAAAUUUGCCCCUGCACAGUGCUCUGCUGGCUGUGGUCAGCCACAGCGAAUAAAAGCUAAAUGACUUCUUCCUGUGUGAUGUCUUGGACUCACCAUCAAACUUCAGUCUCUCCUAACCGUUUAGAAUCAUGGAAUCACCAAGGUUGGAAAAAACCUCCAAGAUCAUCCAGUCCAACCGUCCCCCACCUCCCUGGACAGCCCAUUCCAGAACCUGACCACUCUUCUGGAGAAGAAGUAUUUCCUAACGUCCAAAAUCCUAAAUCUCCCUUGAUGCAACUUAAGGCCAUUCCCUUUAGUUAUAUGGGAGUUACAUUUAGGAUGAAAGCUUGGUUCCUACUCACAAGGCAGGUGACUUCUUCAAACAUUUCUCCAGCAGUGCCUACAUUACAGCAAGCAUCUUCUCAAUGCAGCUACACGUAUCACCAUAUCUAAAUCUUAUUGACUCUGACUGCUCCUCACUUUACCUCCCAUUUACAAAAUAAAAUAAAUAACCCAAAUGCAGGUUUGAGUUUUAAGUUUUAAUACA